AUUUUCGAGGGCGCCAACCAAAGUCCAAAAGGCGGCACAAUACACACUACACAGAGAGCUAUGGCCGGCAUCUGACUUCCACCUCAAACCGUCCUCUCUCUGUCUCUCUCUCUCUCAUACACACAUAUUUUGUCUCUCCUCCAUGUCAUCAAGUAGGUCCCACCGGUUCACCUCCGGCAUCUCGCCUUUCCGUUCCCGAAAGUCAGCGUCGCAACCGCCGACUGUCAAGCAAGCCGGUCGGCCGGUAACUCCUUCAUCAACUUCAUCGUCGAGGCCUCCUUCGAGGCUAUCGGCCUCUCCUGCGAGCACGAGCGCGAGCCCUCCAGCCCAGGUCCUUGACCGGCCCGAGACCAGUAAGUCCAGGGAGAAUGUGACUGUCACGGUUAGGUUCCGUCCUCUCAGUGCUAGGGAGAUUAACAAGGGGGAGGAAAUUGCAUGGUAUGCAGACGGAGAUAAUACAGUGAGGAACGAGUACAAUCCUUCAAUUGCUUAUGGGUUCGAUAGGGUGUUUGGCCCAGCAACAACGACCCGACAUGUUUAUGAUGUUGCUGCCCAGCAUGUUGUUAGUGGUGUUAUGCAAGGGAUAAAUGGUACAGUAUUUGCAUAUGGUAUUACCAGUAGUGGGAAGACUCACACAAUGCAUGGGGAGCAAAAAUCACCUGGAAUUAUUCCUUUGGCUGUGAAGGAUGUGUUUGGAAUUAUUCAAGAGAUGUCCGGGCGGGAAUUUCUUCUUCGUGUUUCUUACCUAGAAAUUUAUAAUGAGGUCAUCAAUGACUUACUUGAUCCAAUCGGGCAAAACCUAAAAAUAAGAGAAGAUGCUCAGGGAACUUACGUUGAGGGAAUCAAAGAAGAAGUCGUUCUAUCCCCUGCACAUGCUCUCUCAUUGAUAGCAUCUGGAGAAGAGCACAGGCAUGUGGGUUCAAAUAAUUUUAAUCUUCUCAGUAGUCGGAGCCACACUAUAUUCACCUUGACUAUUGAAAGCAGUCCACGUGGGGAAAAUCAAGGAGAAGAUGAUGUAAAUUUGUCACAAUUGCAUUUGAUUGAUCUUGCAGGAUCUGAAAGUUCUAAAACUGAAACAAUUGGAUUGCGGAGAAAAGAGGGCUCUUACAUUAAUAAAAGUCUACUAACUCUUGGCACAGUAAUUUCGAAACUGACUGAUGGAAAAGCCACUCAUAUUCCCUACCGAGAUUCAAAACUCACCCGCUUGCUACAGUCAUCCCUCAGUGGCCAUGGGCGGAUUUCUCUUAUAUGCACUGUGACACCUGCUUCUAGCAAUAGUGAAGAGACACACAACACAUUGAAGUUUGCCCAUCGGAGCAAGCAUGUAGAAAUCAAGGCCGCCCAAAAUAAGAUCAUAGAUGAGAAGUCUCUUAUCAAAAAGUAUCAGAACGAAAUUUCUUUUCUGAAGCAAGAACUCCAGCAAUUGAAGCACGGAAUGAUGGGGAAUCCUUUUGUGGGUGCAUCUACUCAAGAAGACCUGGUUAAUUUGAAGCUUCAGCUGGAAGCUGGGCAGGUUAAAUUGCAGUCGAGAUUGGAAGAGGAGGAACAGGCCAAGGCAGCUUUGUUGGGAAGAAUUCAGCGAUUGUCCAAACUCAUAUUGGUUUCAACCAAGAAUUCCAUGCAAUCAAGUAUUCCUGAAAGGCCCGGCCACAGACGACGACAUUCUUUUGGGGAAGAUGAGCUGGCGUAUUUGCCAGAGAGAAAACAGGAAUAUAUGAUUGAAGAUGAUAUCGGAAGCCAUGCAUCUGAAGUUUCAGCAGAAGGAAGGGACGAUGCCACCAAUCUAGAUGAGUUAGUCAAAGAUUACAAAAGGAACAGGAGGCGGGGAAUGAUUGGCUGGUUUAAAAUGAAAAAACCUGACAGCCUGGUUGGAUCAUCUCCAAGUGCUACUGGUGAGAGCUCCGAGAGUGAGUCGCCUACCCCUUAUUCAAAACCAUCGGGGGAUAAAAUAAUGCAUAAUGAUAUGACGGAUAGACAGAGAAAAUCAGUAGGUAGAUGGGGAGAUGAUCCUCUGGCCAUUAACUCAUUUCCAGAAAAGACCCAAGCAGGUGACUUGUUCAGUGCAGCUGUCACAGGUCGCCGCCUGCCUCCGACUGGGGCCACAAUAAUGGAUCAAAUGGAUCUGCUUCGCGAGCAAAUGAAAAUGUUAGUUGGGGAGGUGGCGUUGUCCACAAGUUCUCUCAAACGGUUGUCAGAGCAAGCAACUGGCAACUCUGAAGAUUCACAACUUAAAGAACAGAUGCGGAGGUUGAAAUCUGAAAUUAGUGAAAAGAAGCGUCAAAUACGUGUUUUGGAGCAGCGGAUGAUUGGCUCUGUUGGGUUGAGUCCACAUACUGCAAAUGGCAAUGAAAUGUCUCAGGCACUGUCGAAGUUAACUUCCCAGCUAAAUGAAAAAACUUUUGAACUUGAGAUUAAGUCAGCAGACAAUAGGAUACUUCAGGAGCAACUACAGAUGAAGACAUCGGAGAACGCUGAGAUGCAAGAGACUAUUCUUUUGCUACGGAAACAGCUUAGCUCAUUAGCAGAUAGGAGCUCCAGCAAUCCACUACAUCUUCCAGAAAGGAAUCAUCAGACUUAUGCCAAAGAGCUAUUGGACAAGACUAUUGAAGGGUCAUGUGAAGAAGCUUAUGCCGAUGAAAAUACUCCAACAAGUGUCAUGAGCUUAAAUCGAAUAUUUUCACAAGGGGACUCCAAUGAAUGCAGCGGCGAUGCAUUUUUUAAUUCCCAAGUUCUUGUGCAGCCUGCUGAGAUAGAGAAUUUAAAGCAAGAGAAGGUGAAGCUGAUUGAGGACAAGGAAGGGCUUGAAAUUCACUGUAAAAAAUUGGCAGAGGAGACUUCUUAUGCAAAAGAAUUGGCUGCUGCUGCGGCAGUUGAGCUUCGAAACUUGGCUGAAAAAGUAACCAGGCUUUCAUAUGAAAAUGCAAAGCUAAGUGGUGAUCUGGCUGCUGCAAAGGAGGCCUUGUGCAAACCUAACUACUUUCAGAAAUCUUCACUAGAUGAUUACAAUGAAGAUAGAAUGAGUAGUGGUCAACCUGGUGGGUGCCUGAGAAGACGAGAGUAUGAGUUUCUGGUUGAAGAAAUGCAGAAAGAACUCAAUUUAAGAUGCCAAGCAGAUGUUGCAUUGCAGACUGCUCUGACUGAGAGAGAUGAGAGAGAAAGUGAGCUUCGAAGAAGGCUCGAUGAAGCAAAACUACGCGAAGAAGAUUUGGUGAAUGAGCUCGCAAAUAUGUGGGUUCUGGUUAACAAGAUGAGACUGUGCGGCAUUAGUGGUGACGACUUGUCAUCUGAAGGGGCCCAUAUGUUGAGCAUUUCCCAGCCAGCCAUCAGAAAUGGAUUCUUGCUAUCUAAUUUUCAGUCAUUUAAAGGAUUUAAAGAGGAAAGCUGUAAAAGCGUCGAUGAGAUUAGAACAUUAGAGGAGUUGAAUGGUUGCUAUCAGAUUCAGAAGGAAAGGAAAAGAUGCAAAGAACUAGAAGUUCUAGUUUCCCGAUUGAAGGGUGAAGACAUUGGAGGUAUGGAUGUCACUGCACUUGAAGAAUUGCAGAAUUUUCAUCUUGAGGCGAUAACAAAAAUUUGUCAUGCAAAGUGUGCACUACAUUGAUCAAUUUUAAGCUAACAUGAAUUCUCCAGCUGAAGGAGUUAUUGACCUUGGAGGUUAGUGUUGAUUCUACUUAUGACUCUGGCUGUGCUGCUCAUAUUGCCUGUUAUAUAUACUGUGACUUGCAUGAAAUGUUGAAAUUUCUUGCUUCUAUUUUUCACAUCUCACAAGGUGUGGAAUUAGUGAUUGAAACAAAUGUAUAUAAUCUAUGUAAACGGUGUCUCUAUUUGAGCAUCCAGUUCAAGACCACUUGAUAACCUGCUUUUGUUUAUGGAGUAGAAGUAAUGCUAUAAACAAAAGAGUAAGUAGAAAAUUUGCCAA